AGAGGUUUUUGAACGUGCAUAGAAUGGGUCCUCAGGUCAUCAGGGUCCCUCAUCUAGGGUCCCUCAUAGGGUCCCUAAGGGUCCUCUUGCUGCAUACUCCUUCCUGGGGUUUGGCUGCAGAUGUCUGUUGCCCCCAGACUCAGAAGAGCCUCUCUAGGACACAGGGGCUGUGUGUGCCACCCUUCUCCGCUGAGCCAGCCCAGGCUCCCAGUCCAAGGCCAGGCUGCUAUCUCGGUGAUCAGUUGGUAAGCAGGACAUUAGUGGGCACGUGCUCUGUCUUCCACCCCAUUCAGGGACCUUGCUCACCAGCCGUGGCUGGUUUGGGCCGACCUCCUGGCCUCCUCCCUGCUCUGGGCCCAGCCUAUAAAACCACCCUGUGUGUCCCCACUGACCCUGGCCCCCUCCCGACACCCAGAGCCACUAUGGCAGAGCUGCCAGUGUCGGAGACACCCAGGGACCCUGCUCUGUGCAGUGGGCGCUUCACCAUCAGCACGUUGCUGGGGGGUGAUGAGCCCCCACCACCGGCUGCCUAUGACAACAGCCACCCCAGCCACCUGACCCAUGGCAGCACCUUCUACAUGCGCACCUUUGGCUACAACACUAUCGACGUGGUGCCUGCCUACGAGCACUAUGCCAACAGCACCCUGCCCGGUGAGCCUCGUAAGGUCCGGCCCACGCUGGCCGAUCUGCAUUCCUUCCUCAAGCAGGAAGGCAGCCACCUGCACGCCCUGGCCUUUGACAGCCGGCCCAACCGUGAGAUGACUGAUGGGCUGGUGGAGGAUGAGACAGGCACCAAUGGCGAGAAGAACCCUGAGGAGCCCGUGCGCUUUGGCUGGGUCAAGGGAGUGAUGAUCCGUUGCAUGCUCAAUAUCUGGGGUGUGAUCCUCUACCUGCGGCUCCCCUGGAUCACGGCCCAGGCGGGCAUUGUCCUGACCUGGAUCAUCAUCCUGCUCUCAGUCAUGGUGACCUCCAUCACUGGCCUCUCCAUCUCGGCCAUCUCCACCAAUGGCAAAGUCAAGUCAGGUGGUACCUACUUCCUCAUCUCCCGGAGUCUUGGCCCAGAGCUUGGGGGCUCCAUCGGCCUCAUUUUUGCUUUCGCCAACGCUGUGGGUGUGGCCAUGCACACUGUGGGCUUCGCAGAGACAGUGCGGGACCUGCUCCAGGAGUAUGGCUCACCCAUCGUGGACCCCACCAAUGACAUCCGCAUCAUCGGCGUGGUCACCGUCACUGUGCUGCUGGCCAUCUCCCUGGCUGGCAUGGAGUGGGAGUCCAAGGCCCAGGUGCUCUUCUUCCUCGUCAUCAUGGUCUCUUUUGCCAACUACCUGGUGGGGACGCUGAUCCCCCCAUCCGAGGACAAGGCCUCCAAAGGCUUCUUCAGCUACCGGGGGGACAUUUUUGUCCAGAACCUGGUGCCUGACUGGCGGGGCAUGGACGGCAGCUUCUUUGGGAUGUUCUCCAUCUUCUUCCCUUCAGCCACGGGCAUCCUUGCAGGAGCCAACAUCUCCGGGGACCUCAAGGACCCUGCUGUAGCCAUCCCCAAGGGAACGCUCAUGGCCAUUUUCUGGACCACUGUCUCCUACCUGGCCAUCUCGGCCACCAUUGGUGCCUGUGUGGUUCGCGACGCCUCCGGGGUCCUGAAUGACACGGUGACUCCUGGCUCGGGGGCCUGCGAGGGGCUGGCCUGUGGCUACGGCUGGAACUUUACCGAGUGCACCCAGCAGCACAGCUGCCGCUAUGGCCUCAUCAACUACUACCAGACCAUGAGCAUGGUGUCAGGCUUUGCACCCCUGAUCACCGCUGGCAUCUUUGGGGCCACCCUCUCCUCAGCCCUGGCCUGUCUCGUCUCUGCCGCCAAAGUCUUCCAGUGCCUGUGUUUGGACCAGCUAUACCCACUGAUCGGCUUCUUCGGCAAAGGCUACGGCAAGAACAAGGAGCCAGUGCGCGGCUACCUGCUGGCCUACGCCAUCGCUGUAGCCUUCAUCAUCAUCGCUGAGCUCAACACCAUCGCCCCCAUCAUCUCCAACUUCUUCCUGUGCUCCUACGCCCUCAUCAACUUCAGCUGCUUCCAUGCCUCCAUCACCAACUCACCUGGGUGGAGACCCUCAUUCCGAUACUACAGCAAGUGGGCAGCACUGUUUGGAGCGGUCAUCUCCGUGGUCAUCAUGUUCCUUCUCACCUGGUGGGCGGCCCUCAUUGCCAUCGGCGUCGUCCUCUUCCUCCUGCUCUACGUGAUUUACAAGAAGCCAGAGGUGAACUGGGGCUCCUCGGUACAGGCCGGCUCCUACAACCUGGCCCUGAGCUACUCAGUGGGUCUCAAUGAGGUGGAGGACCACAUCAAGAACUACCGCCCUCAAUGCCUGGUGCUCACGGGGCCCCCCAACUUCCGCCCAGCCCUGGUGGACUUUGUGGGUACCUUCACCCGAAACCUCAGCCUGAUGAUCUGUGGCCACGUGCUCAUUGGACCCCACAAACAGAGGAUGCCUGAGCUCCAGCUCAUCGCCAACGGGCAUACCAGGUGGCUGAACAAGAGGAAGAUCAAGGCCUUCUACUCCGACGUCAUUGCCGAGGACCUCCGCAGUGGUGUCCAGAUUCUCAUGCAGGCCGCAGGUAUAGGGAGAAUGAAGCCCAACAUCCUGGUGGUCGGAUUCAAGAAGAACUGGCAGUCAGCUCACCCGGCCACAGUGGAAGACUACAUCGGCAUUCUGCAUGAUGCUUUUGAUUUCAACUAUGGUGUGUGUGUCAUGAGGAUGCGUGAGGGGCUUAACAUCUCCAAGGUGAUGCAGGCGCACAUUAACCCUGUAUUUGACCCAGCGGAGGACGGCAAGGAAGCCAGCACCGGCAGGGCCAGGUCAUCUGUCUCUGGCACAUUGGAUCCCGAGGCCCUGGUGUGGGAGGAGCAGGCCAGCACCAUCUUCCAAUCAGAGCAGGGCAAGAAGACCAUUGACAUCUACUGGCUGUUCGAUGAUGGAGGCCUCACCCUCCUCAUCCCGUAUCUCCUCGGUCGCAAGAAGAGAUGGAGCAAAUGCAAGAUCCGCGUGUUCGUGGGAGGCCAGAUCAACAGGAUGGACCAGGAGAGAAAGGCAAUCAUUUCUCUGCUGAGCAAGUUCCGGCUGGGAUUCCACGAAGUUCACGUCCUUCCUGACAUCAACCAGAAGCCGCGGGCUGAGCACAUCAAGCGGUUUGAGGACAUGAUUGCGCCCUUCCGCCUGAAUGAUGGCUUCAAGGAUGAGGCCACUGUCACCGAGAUGAGGCAGGACUGCCCCUGGAAGAUCUCAGAUGAGGAGAUUAACAAGAAUCGAAUCAAGCCAUAGAUGCUCGCGCUGACGAGUGACCCAGUGGUUGAUCUCCGAGCCAUCCUUGGUUUGGGAGCCUGGUCCCCCUGCCCACUUUGAGUCACCCCCGGCCAUGGCGGUGGACUGCCUGGAGUCCUUCUCCCUCUCCUCCUCUGUUCCUCCAUGCCUGCAGGAAGGGAUUCAUAAGGCAAGUGGUGAAGGUCAAGGUAGAGUUUGUCCCGUGGGCCAACAAAGCUGGCUGACCUUCUCCCUUCUCCCCUUAGCUGUAGACCCUACCCCCUUCCCAGAUGGCAUCUUUAGGACCCUAAGGAGGGCUAACGGAGAGUGGGGGCUGCCAUGGCCAUUUUAAGGUGGGGCCUGGGGACCUGUGUGCUCCGGGUCAGUGGUUCUCCCCUGGGCAGCAGUGUAGCCCCUCAGAGGACAUUUGGCAACUUCUGGAGACAUUUUUGGUUGUCACCACUGAGGGGUGGGAUUGCUGUCACUUAGCGAGUUGAGGCUCGUCUUGCUGCUAAACAUCCUACACCUCACAGGCCAGUUCCCACAAUGAAGAUUUAUUCCACCCAAAAUGUUGACAGUGUGUGCUCAGGACUCUCUAAUCUAGGUGAUCUCACUUCCCGUCAGUUUUCCUUUCUCUCAGAUGGAGUAUUCAUCCACCUUCAGACCCUGAAUGUCAAUCAUUUCUGAACAAAUUAGUUCAUCUCCUUGGAAAAUGCUGAGUAAAGUGUCGUGUCCACGGCUCUUGCCUACUGUGUUGAGGGAGGUGGAGUGAUCCACCUUAUCAAGUGCCUUCCCCUCUGCUUGAUGCUUUUGCAUAGAUUAUCUCACUCCGGCCACCCCAAGUUCCCCCAGGAGAGGUAUCAUUGUACCCAUUUCACAGAUGAGGACAGUGGAGCUCAGGGAGCGAGAUGCCUACUCAGUUUCUCUCUGCUGGGAACUCUCAGGGCGGAGAUUGGAACCCAGCUCCCCUGACACCCCAGGAGGUGCCCCCUCCCCACACCAUCCCGCCGGUCACAGUGAUAAGGUCCAGAGGGAAACACCCAGGGGAGGCUUCUCCAGGGGGUGAGCUUGGCACUUAGUGAUCUUAUCAGAGGUGGGAGAGUCUGUAGUCAUUUAGGGGGAUCUAUCCACACACCCAACACACCAAUUUGAGAUGUUCAAAGAGGCCCUUGGGCUUGGUGGGGACUGCUCUGAGGAUGUGGGCAGUGACCACGUGGCUUUUCCU